UAGGCUCAUGGACAAAAUUUUGCGCGCGUCUAAACGUUGCCCAGAUAUGCUGUCUAGGUAGGCAGUUCACUUUGUUCUGACUUCAGAGACAGCCUAUGAGAUUUCAAGAGGACCUGUUGCGCUGUAGUUUAAUGAGUGAUGGGAAUACCCCUCUCUUCCGUUAACUGGUAAAGCUGCGUGUGUGUACCAUGAGCAGACUGUCAAGAGGAUCCGACAAUGCGCAAGUGCUCGGCUGCAUUUUACUUCACUCUAGGUUUCCUAUCUCUCUAUACCGAAACGUCAACAGGUCCCUGCAACUGCAACAACUUAAAAGAUCAAUGUAACAACACAGAAGGAGUCUAUGAUUUUACAUGCUUCAUAAAAAAUACAAUUUCUAAAAAUAAUCGUAAAUUCGUCUGUGAAUGGAAAAACGGAGGAGACUUAUCAACCUCAUUCAAACUCUACGCAAAACAGAGGCAAUGCAGUUGUGAACUCAUACAUAAGACGAAUGCAACUGAAUUGACUUUCAAUACCUUUAAAGUAAUAAAAUGGAAUAUAACAGCUCACAUAAUUGCAACCAGUGAAGAUCAAAGCCGCCGGUGCACCUACAAAAAUUUCAGUGGAUAUUCAACGCAGAUAACACGGUGCGGUCCUCCCUCUAAACAGAAUCUAAUUUUUAAAAGAAGCUCUGGUCAUUUGUCUGUUGAAGUGGACUGGGGAGAUGAAAGAAAUUAUAUUAAAACGUUCUCCGUAAAGUAUAGAGAGUUCAACACUGCAAUGUGGAAAGAGCAACAGUCUAAAAACAGCAGAGAGUGUGAAAUGUGGAAUGUGACGUCUUCUCUGCCGUACGAGUUGCAAAUAUACUGUGAUCGCAAUGAAGAGUGCGCGCAGUGUCCACUCAGUGAGGUCAUCGUGGUUCCGCGGGAACUCACAGAUGCACCAUCAAUCAAAUUGGAGUUUCAAGACCAUAUACAAAACCCUUUUAUAUCAGCAGGACAGAGAAAAGUGGUCGUGAUGUGGGAGUAUGCAAACAGUGAGGCUGUGGCUGACUACAAUGUGACCGUGGGAAAAGUAUCCGGGGAAAACAUCACUCUGUGUAACAGUUUCAGCACUAAAGAUCCAUCUCUCACCCUAAUCCUGUCUUACUCCGCUUAUAAUAUCAGCGUCAGGGCUUUGAACAGUGUUGGAUCGUCUCCUGUUUCCACUAUAGCCAUUGAGCAAAUGGAUGAGUGGAGAGAUUCACUUGGGCUGUUAAGUGUUAACAUAACCAGGAACAACAGUUUCAGUCUGUCCUGGAGCAGCGCGGUCUCUAGCGUGUGUUACUGUGUGGAGUGGUGGGCCAAAGGACAGAUUCCAGCUUUCCAAUCAUUCUACGUGAAGCAGACGCACAGAGAAAUAACCGAGAAAUCUAAGAGAAUUUUUCAGCCCUAUACGAGAUAUUAUUUCUCUCUGCACACCAGACCAUAUCUGGACACCUGUGACCUGAAGAAUGUGAACAACAGUGAGAGGACAUAUGGCACAGCCCAAGCUUAUUUCAGUGAAGAAAGUCCGAUUAGUGCUCCUGGGAAUGUGAGCAUUUUGAAUAUUACCCAGUAUUCCUCAGUGAUCACGUGGAGUCCCGUAUCUGAGGAAGACUUGCGUGGAUUCUUAUUAGGUUACUACAUCUACUACACUGAGGACAGUAAUGAAACAUCAUUUAAAGUGGAUCCCAGCCUAAACAGUUUUAAGCUGCUGAAUCUUAAAAGCAACAGUGCGUACCGUGUACAGCUGUCUGCAUUUACAGCGGCUGGAGAAGGAGAGCGCAGUGAUUUCAAACACUUUGUCACAAACCCGCCAGAAUUCACUGCUUUGAGCAGCAUUAUAGCUGCGGUGAUUGUGGGAAUAAUAAUUCUUUUACUAGCGGUUCACCUCAGCUGUCGGCUUCUGCACAGAGCCAAGAAACUGAUGUGGCCAAGUAUACCAAAUCCUGAGAAUAGCAAUGCGGUUCAGAAAAUUGAAAUUGCUUAUGAACUGGGUAUCCUGGAGCCACUGAACAGGCAGCGGUUAGAGGAUAGUGAGGGAUGUGAUUCCAGUACAGUGUGUGUUGUUGAGAGCAAAAGCAAGGUGACUCCACUCAGCAGUCCUCCCAUUUCUCACGCUGGUAUGAAGCCCACCAUCCUUCUUCUCAGUGAAGAUCAGGACAGCCCAUCCAUCCUGGAUGAGAUCACACCCCCAGACACACCAACACAAGUCCCCACCAGAGAUUCUGUUUCCACAGGGUCCUUCCCUAUGGACUUUGGUAUGACAGACUCCACUUUUAGCACUUCUGUUGACAAUGGCAUCACAAGUUUAGAAAGCAAAGACCCCGAAGAGACCAUCUCCAACAUGACACGGUCAGACUUCAACCCAGCGUCCCAACCUGCUGUUGUUUUCAUGAGUGAUUACACCACCAUGGAGAUCUUCCAGCAGGUCACUAUGCUUGGGAUUCAGGGUCCAUCCAUCCAAACAGUGAAACCAGAAUUUGUUUCUGUACAUCCAGGGCAGGAUUACAUUCAGCAGUCCUGUUUUUCAAGAAAUAGACACUCUAAUAUCCCAUCAGGGCCAUGUAAUGGUGAUGAAGUUUUGAACCCAGAAAUCACAGUGCUCUGAAGUGCAUUUAUCCAGUCUACGGGCUAGCCUGACGAUGUCAUACUCAGAUUCUAGUCAGAAUGUGAGUCUGAUACUGCUCCAUUGCGCUGUGAUAAUGGGGCGCGUUUCAACCAAACCAGGAAAGAAAAUCCCUCUGGACUCAAUUGGAUCGACAAUGCCUUGAUCGCGGUUCUCUGUUACUUUUUUAAAAUGAAUGCGCAUCUUCCAUAACAGACACGAUGGCUGAAUCUACACAUCUAAAUUCUCCAGCGGCAGCCACCCUUUGUUGUAAAGGAAUUCAUUUUACAACAAAAGCACUAUUUGGUGACGUGGAUGAUUACAUUACGGUUGAUCAUUAGUCCAUCAUUGUAUAAAGCCCGCCCUGACAAUUUGAUUGGUGCGAACAGCUUUGGUUUGGGCAUACUUGCUUUACAACGGAUCAAGUCCAGACCGAACGUCCCAUCCUCAAAUGUUGUGGACAAGGGCUAAGUUCGGCUGGCAUCCAGGCUAUCAUAAGGCUUCACUAGAUCCGAGGAAUAAAGGGAUAACCCCUAGCACCACCAUUCAGUGACACAGAGUCUCGUUCCCUUUUCUCAGAGAGCCGAGGUUAUGUUAGGUAACCGGAGAUGUUUUUCGGUUCGGUUUGAAUAUCGUUUCACCCCUACUGUUCACACUAAAUAUGACUAUAUUAU